GGACCCUUCUCAACCUUCAAAUACGUCAAAAAUUCAUCCAGCAGCUUCCAAUGGAUUCUUUCAAAACCUCCCAAUUGACACACCGAUGAACUGUAUGGGGGCAACGAUAUGUCUUAGCGAGACCCCGCCCCCUUCUUUUCAAACAGGCUUGCCAAUUCGCUCUUGCUCUUUUACCAGUCUCCAUGACCGGACUAACAAAUCUUCAAUGGUCUUGAGACCUUGUUUUCAGCUGACAAGGGUCUUGUCACACAAUAUUCGACUGCGCCAAAAGUGCGUCCGUAGGUGUGCCAACCUCAAAAUACGCGGGGUAGGCUAUGAGCCAUCUACCUAUGUUGCCUCGAGGUCAAUAUCUCUCGUAACAACAUACAUUCGGUCUUUAUUCUCAACUUGAUUCAUGAUGGUUGUCCAUCCCUGGCAAGAAUCUGAUAUUGUGACCUUGCUUUCAUGGCUUGACUUUUGCAUUGCGCACGACGUCAACUUCUGGGAAUCUAUCAUCCCCAAGCUACAAGAAUCCAGGCUCAUAGACACCAAUCAAGACUUCUCUUUCACCAGGAGGCAGAUACAAAACAAGCUGAUCGGUCUCUGUCGGCAAAAAAUGUCACUUCGAUUCGACUCCAGAUCGCAUCCCAAGCUAUCAGACGUUGUAUCAAGAGGAAGUGCUUGUAUUCCCGGCUUGACGCAGGACAUGUUGACCAAAGUGAAGAACGCGGUCUUUCAUCUAGAAAAGAAGUAUCGCCAGGGAGCUUAUAGAACUGGGAUUGGGAAGAACGAGCACGACCGUGGUAGCAUAGUUGAGAAACAGGGUUCGGAAUCUAGCCUUUCUAGGCUCCCCAAAACUUCGAAUACUAGACUAGCAAGAAUCAGACUUCCCACGUUGCAUGGCUCGCAAGCCCAAAACCUUCCUUCUCCAUCCAAAACAACACAAGAAUCACGGGCCUUGACGAAUGGACACGGAUUUCAUGACACCGGUCUUGGAGGGGACUAUAUGUCUCUACGAAUCAUAGGGCAGGAGAGCCAAGCUGCGCGUAUCAGUACUUUGGAAGAGAAGAAUCAAAGGCUUGCAGAAGAGAUUCAGCUGCUUCACAACGCUCGCAACGACCGAGAAGCUGCUUCUCAUGAUCUCAGAGAGUCGGAUUUCUACACUUUCUAUCGAGAUGGGUGGGAUAUGAAACAAAGGCUGGCUAGCAUGCAGAGGACAAUAAACUUCCACGAGAAACUCGUUCCAUUGUGGAAAGAUUCCAUGUCGUACGGGGACAUCGACGAGGAAAUGGGCAUGAUUGAAGCGGAACUUCAGUCUAUCUCCCACUGUCUAGGUACUGCCAGUCUCCGGAGAGAUAUUACCGUGGCCACUGGAGGGCUUCUCGAGUCCUUGAUACAAUCUGCGUUUAGAGUGGGCUCGGUGAUGAAGACAGCUAGUGAAAUCUGGAGAGAGAUACUUUCGCUAUCCGAUUCACUCACUGCCCUCAAUACUCUCGUCCUCGUUGCUAUUCGAGAUUGGAUUCUGAAUACUUUAUUCCCCGUUUUCGAAGAUGGAAGUCUGCUAUCUGCUCUAUUUAAAUCCUGGAGGACUGUACUUUUAGACUGUGCUGGUGCAAGUCUAGCACACAGUCUUGAAGCCACUGCUUACUCACAAUUCAUUGAUAGCAACGCCUUUAAAGACCACCUCAUCCCCGAACAAGCGGCUAUCCUUGCGGACAGGUUCAUUGAAGCAUCUUUCCCUAUUUUCCCUCUAAGCUUUGCCUUCACAACGGCUUAUCAUUUCAAAGCAUCAACAGUACUCAUGAACAGUCGAAGGUUCCCCAUUCGACUAUGGGUAGGACUUCGACCGAGCGCAUGACAAUCGGACGGCUCAACGUCUACAACACUAUCUUCUUCAACCAGCUCAAUCGACAAGCCAAUGCUCUGUUAGACUCAGAUAACUUUGUCUUGGUCAACGAAGCAUAUUCUCCAGCAGAUUGUAUACAUUCCAAAGACAUACGUAUGCAAGACACAGAAUGGGGAGACCACAGUGUCUCCUACCUUUCAAACAAUCUUGAUAUUUCGCAUCAUUCAAGACUUUCAUCGGAAGACAGGAGUGAUCUGUCAAGUCUCUCAAGCUGGGUCAGCGAAGCCCAGGUCAGCAAUGCACUU